UCUUGCUGCUGCCAGGUCCAGAGUGUCUCAUGGGUCCCUGUACGGCCUCCCAUUGCUGCUGUCUCCAUCGCCACACUCUGCCAUGUGCCACUUUCAGGUCUCCUCACACUGCUGGUGGGUUCCAUUUUGUCAUAGGGUGCUGGCAGAUUACGGGCCUCCCAUUGCUGCUGCCAGGCCCGUAAUCUGCCAUGGGCCCCGUACCGCCUCCUCAUGCUGCUGCCAGGUCCAGAGUCUGUCAUGGGUCCCUGUACGGCCUCCCAUUGCUGCUGUCUCCAUCGCCACACUCUGCCAUGUGCCACUUUCAGGUCUCCUCACACUGCUGGUGGGUUCCAUUUUGUCA